AAUGAAAUCGCUUGAUCCAAGCCAUGGAUGCGGUUUUCAAUGCUGGCAAGUUCAAGGGCCGAUGGUUCAGUGAUGUGGCAGGCACGGAGACUGCUUUCUGCACCUGGGCCAAGAAGCAGAAAUCGCCUCCAGGCUACUUGCGGUCCUUUGUCGAGUUCUUGAAGAGUGGGAGCAGGCGUGGCCAGCAAUCCCUGGACGCCCAUGUGGUACGAAGCUCCCGCGAGCCACGGCCACCCAGAGCUGUCGAUGCUGAGGUGACCCUGAAGGAAGGCACCGCCAAAAGCGCUGGGAUCCGGUUUGAUUUCACCAUGGAUCUUGAGUUGGUCAGCGCUGAUGAGUUCGACGUGGGCCCAGAAGACGCCAAUGCAGAGGUCCCCUGGACACUGCGCCAAGCGCUCGCCGCGCGCCCGGACGGGCGGGCUGCGCCCAGUGCCAAUCACUGGCGCUUCCCAGCCUCCAGUUACAUAGAUGUCCUCCGGUGGCUGGAGUGGAACCCGGACUUCCGCUGCCGGGUGAAUGGCGUGCCCAGCUGGGUGCUGAAGCACGUCCCUGCCUUCGCCACUGCCGCAGAGCAGGUGAAGGCCACGGCUGCCCUUCGCCUCUCAGCCGCCACUCGCCGUCUCCUGGCCGAGCUGCCGCCGGCGCCGGCGCCAUCCACGCCAGCCGGAUCCAGUGCGCUGUCUGCGCGGAUGUUGCCAUCGGCGGAGGACUUGAAACUUGAUGGGCUGGGUGGCACUCUGCUGCCCUUCCAGGUCGAGGCAGUGCAGUACGGCUUGGCUCGGAAUGGUAGGCUGCUGCUUGGAGACGAGAUGGGCCUGGGGAAGACCGUGACAACCCUGGCAUUGGUGAGGCACUUCAAGGAAUCCUGGCCUUUUCUGGUGGUCGCCCCAGCGCCGCUUUGCAAGCUUUGGCAGGAGCAUGCCUUGGCCUGGCUGAAAGAGGAUCUCAAGCCGCACGAUGUGGUCCUGAUCCGCUCUGCCCAGGACUCGAUACCUUCACGGGCUCGAAUGGUGGUGGUGUCCUACAACCUGAUCAGUGAUCCAAAGUUCCAGCGGAAAGAUGACAAAGACUUUGACCUGGUGAUCUUGGAUGAGUGUCAUUUGCUCCGUGGAAACUCACAGCGCUCCAAAGCUUGCGUGCCCCUGGCGAAGAAAGCCAUGCGAGCGAUACUCCUCACUGGGACGCCGCUGGUGGCACGAACCCAGGAUGCCUAUCCUUUGCUGGAUGCGCUUUUCGAUCUUUGUACCCCCACGGAUUUCGCCCAGCGCUAUGCGCCGAGCACGUCCUCCCGAAAUCAGGGCCGGUCUGCACGGCUCAAUGAGCUUCACGUCCUCCUGGGUGCGGCCAUGCUUCGCAGGACCAAGGAGAACACUUUGUCCGAACUACCUGCCAAGCGCCGGCAGCGAGUUCUUUUGGAUAUGUCACCGUCUGCUGAGAAGGAAGAUGUGGAGGAAGAGUCUGAGAGGCUUGCAAAGACCAAGUCCACGGCUGUGGCAGAGUACAUGAGCUGCCUGACCUCUGCAGAUGUCCGAUUUCUUGUCUUCGCACAUCACCUGGCGAUGUUGGAUGAGUUGGAGAGCUCUUUGCAGCGAGCCUCAGUCACCUACAUCCGCAUCGACGGAAGCACGCCCAUGGCAGAGCGCUCCAAGUACAUCGAGGCCUUCCAAGCAAAGGAGGCGCAGGUGGCACUGCUUAGUCUCACAGCAUGUUCGCAGGGUUUCACCCUCACCUCUGCCUCUCUGGUGCUUUUUGCGGAGCUUUACUGGGUGCCAGGCGUCCUGCUGCAAGCCGAGGACCGUGCCCAUCGUUUGGGACAGGCCAACAUGGUCAACGUUCAGUACCUCGUGGCCCCUGGAAGCGUAUCCAAGCUGACAGCCAGCCAAGCAUUUUUGUAUUCUGCUGCCAUUUCACGAAAGGUAGCUUCGGCUACCUGAGUCAUUAAGGGCUGACGCCCGACAGCCGGCCACGGGCCCACCACUAGUCGUCGUCGUCGUCGUCGUCGUCGUCGUCGUCGUCGU